UACUGCUGCAGCUGCACCCCCGCCGCCCUUGAGUUUAUUUGGAUACAGGGAUAACAUACAGCAGAAGAAACCUGAUCAAAGUGUCUCCUACGAACCAUCAGCAGCCUCAGAAACUGAAAAUUGUGUGCUUGAAGUCUCUAUCUUCAACCCUGCCUUACUCUCGCAAGAUAAGAAGCCCUGUUAUGUCAAGACAACAGAGUGUCUGACGUGUGAAGAAGUGGACACUAACCUCGUUGAAGUUUUACUUCACUUUUAUUAAUCCUAAACAAUGAUGAUUUCUCUCAAAACGAGAGGAUUACGGUUGCCAACGGAGGGUAUUAGGUGCUUUUCUGUUAGAUCCUCGCAAUGUCAGAAGUCUCAUUAUGAUACGUUAAAAAUUUCUCCAAAUGCUAGCCAAGCUGAUGUUAAGUCAGCAUACUAUAAACUUUCCAAGCAAUAUCAUCCAGACGCAAAUAUAAACGACCCUACCGCUACUGUAAAGUUUCAAGAAAUAAGUGAAGCUUACGAAGUUUUAGGAAAUGAAGAUUCCCGGAUGCGGUAUGAUAAGGGAAUGGCGCCUCUAGAUCGCAUGGCCUCAGGGACAAGGAAAGCUGGCUUUAAAGUUCCAGAAGAUCCAAGAGCAGCUUUUUACAAAUCAAGACUUCAGAACAAGAUGAAAGUUCCUACAACUGGACGAAUUUACAACUUUGAUGAUUGGACCAAAAACCACUAUAGUGCAUCUAUAAAGACUAACAGGGAUUUGCGGAAUCAGGCAAGGACAGCUGUCAAACGAGAUAUACAAUACUCAGAUACUGAAAAUGAGAGACGAAUGGACAAGAAACUUGUGAUGCUCGAAAAAAGAGUUGCCAUUACUUUAGUUUCAAUCUUUCUUUUUUUGGCAGUGUUGUAUGAGUUGGAUCAACCAGACACUCCUAGGCCAUUAAAGUAAUUUUGGAUGUCUAUAGAAUCUGUUUUCUUGUGUAAUAAUAAUUUGUGGUUUUUUUGUUGUUGUUUUCCAUCUGUUAUCUGUUGUACUACUUUUGUGUGCACUGUGUGCAUAUGUAUGAUUAGAGCUUGAUGCCCACCACUCAGGGCAGAGGUAAUACUUGAUGGCUGUGAUUGUGCAAGUUUGUAUUCAAAUGCAAAAUACACACAAAUUAUCAGUUG